AUGAAGGACUCGCUGGAUGUACUGACGGUUGGUACUGAGGUAUUACCACUGGGAGGCACAGACGUUGUGUUCCAGCUCGGAGAGACACUACUCCUUGAUGCUGCUUCCUCCGAGGAUGAUGAACCUGGAAGUGAUGCUGUGGGGAACGGGACAAAUGAUCCGCUGGAGGUGCUGGCAGUCGGUAUCGAGGUAUUAACACCUGGAGGCAGAGAAGUGGUGUUCCAACUUGGAGACAAACUGCUCCCUGUUGUAACCUCUGCUGUGGAUGAGAGACUCGGUAAUGAUACCGAUGGGAAUGGCACAAAUGACCCACUCGAUGUGCUUACAGCUGGUACCGAUACGUUACCACCUGAUGGGAGGGAAGUGCUGUUCCAACUUGGGCCCAAGCUGCUACCCAAAGUGAUAUCUUCUGAAGAGGGUUGCGCUGAAGUCGAAGCACUGAUAGUCGGUAACGAGGUGUUAACACCAGGAGGGAGAGAGGUCCUGUUCCAGCUCGGACCAACACUGCUCCCUGAAGUGAACACCCCUGAAGUCGUUGGAAAAGGCACCGAGGUUCCGCUGGAAGCACUAGUCACCGGUGCCGACGUUGACAAUGUUGGAAACGGAACGAAUGUGCCACUUGAGAUACUGACUGUCGGUACUGAGUUGUUCCGUCUCGACGUGGUACUAUUCCAGCUUGGACCUACACUCCCACUUGUUGAACCGACAGAGCUUGUGGACACCGAGGCUGUUGGGAACGGUACGAACGUCCCACUGGAGAUACUAAUCGUUGGUACUGAGCCAUUGCUCAUCGAGACGGAGGUAGUUCCAUUCCAGCUUGGCCCUGUUGUGCCACUAGACGAGGCCCCAGUGACGGUAGAAACCGAGGCUGUUGGGAAGGGCACGAAAGUUCCGCUGGAGAUACUGACUGUAGGAACUGAGCCAUUGACUCUCGAAGCAGACGUGGUGUUCCAACUUGGAGCCACGCUACCAAUCGACGAACUCCCAGAACUAAUGAUGUCCGAUCCCGUAGGAAACGGUACAAAACUUCCACUGGAGAGACUGACAGUUGGAAUCGAGCCAUUUCCCCUUGACGCCGAAGUCGUGUUCCAAGCUGGACCUACACUCCCACCAGUUGUCACAGAACCAGUGGUUAAAGACAUACUUGGAACCGACACAGUAGGGAUAGGCCCUGUCCCAGAUAUACCGCCGCUCGGGGUAGUAAUACUCGAGUUCCACCUCGUCAAAGUCCCCGUCAGACGUGUCCCACUCUCCACAGGACUCGACGUCGAGUUACCGGGAAUCGACCACGGUAGCGAAUCGCUUGUAGCGCCAGAUCUUGUCAUCCCAGAUGAAUGGGUCGAUGCUUGUGAUGUUACACCCGAGAGACUUUGGGUGCCGUUGCCAGAUCGAGAAUGA